AUGAUCUCCGAAGAUUAUAAUCGAAGAUUACAACUGCCUCAAAUGGCGAGGCUGAGGGCGGUAGAUUAUAAUUCCCUCUCAUUUUUUCUAUUCCUCUCUCUCUCUCUCUCUCUCUCUUUCCUUCCUCCUCCUACUCCUCACUCUCUCUCUCUCUCUCUCAUUCCUUCUUUCUUUCUUAUCCUCCAUCUCUCCUCUUCUUUCUCUCUCUCUCUCUCUCUCUCUCUCUCUCUCUUUCAGCCUCCAUCUCUCGCCUUCUAUCUCUCCGUCUACGUCUAUCUCUCCCCUUUUUUUCUCUCUCACUUUGUCUCUGUCCUUCAUAUCCAUCUCUCCCCUUCUUUCUCUCUCUUUCUGCCUCCAUUUCUUUCCUUCUCUCUCCCCUUCUACGUCCAUCUCUCUUCUUCUCUCUCUCUUUCUAUCACUCCUUCAGCCUCCACAUCACCCCUUCUCUCUAUCUACUUUAGCCUCCAUCUCAUCCCCUCUCUAUCUCUUUCUGCUGCCAUCUAUCCCCUUCUCUCCUUCUUCCUUCUUCUCUGCCCUUUUCGCUCUCUCUCUCUCUCUCUCUCUCUCUCUCUCUCUCUCUCUCUCUCUCUCAAUAUAUAUAUAUAUAUAUUUUCUGUGGAAGAAAAGGAAAUUGUCGGCUAUUAA